UAUAUUGGUGCUCUGCUUUCUUUCAGAGACUGAGAAAGAGCAGCUUCUCGGUGAAUGGGGCAGAAUGAUCGACGCUGCAGUGGACGUGACGCUGGAUCUGAAGACGGCACACCCCCUCCUGAAGCUGACCCCUGAUGGGAAGAAAGUCCGGGACGCGCUGGAUCCUGACCCGGCCCGGCCCGACAGUCCUAGGCGGUUCCGCCACCACACCUGUGUCCUGGGCUGCGAGGGCUUCUCCUCGGGCCGGCAGUACUGGGAGGUGUGCCUGGAGCAGAAGCAGUCCUGGUGGGUGGGCGUGAUGGCGGAGUCGGCCUGGGAGAAGCAGGAUAAAGCACUUUGA